AGGGGCUGCCCGGCGCAAUCGCGCCCCUGGCACUUCCUAACAGACUCUCAGCCCUUUCUCUGCAGCUGCCACUUGAAGACUUCACACUUUCCCUCCAGAGGAAAGAAGCCAUCCAUCUAAAUCAGCUGUACCUCCACGUCCCUCGUUUCUCCCUCCGCCAGCCGCCACCCCCACCCCUUCCAUUGUGGUGUGCGUUUAGCUCCGCAUUCCGCGUAAGACCCUAACCUCAUUUGUUGCAGGAGGGAUUACUGAGAAUUUCGGAACCUCGAGUUUCAAUGGAGCUGUACGGAAAGAUGGCCUCUGCCCAAGAUGCCAGGUAUGGCCAGAAAGACUCCUCUGAUCAGAAUUUUGACUACAUGUUCAAAUUGCUCAUCAUUGGCAAUAGCAGUGUGGGGAAAACAUCUUUUCUGUUCCGUUAUGCGGAUGACUCCUUUACAUCUGCAUUCGUCAGCACAGUUGGGAUCGAUUUCAAAGUAAAAACCGUAUUCAAAAAUGAAAAGAGAAUCAAGCUUCAGAUUUGGGACACAGCAGGCCAGGAAAGAUACAGGACUAUCACCACCGCCUAUUAUCGUGGGGCCAUGGGCUUUAUUUUAAUGUAUGACAUCACAAAUGAGGAAUCCUUCAAUGCGGUACAGGACUGGUCAACUCAAAUCAAAACGUACUCUUGGGAUAAUGCCCAGGUUAUCCUGGUUGGAAACAAAUGUGACAUGGAAGAUGAGCGGGUCAUCUCAACCGAGAGAGGCCAACGUUUAGGAGAACAGCUUGGUUUUGAGUUUUUUGAAACAAGCGCCAAGGAUAACAUUAAUGUCAAGCAGACAUUUGAGCGCCUUGUGGAUAUCAUCUGUGACAAAAUGUCAGAGAGUUUGGAGACUGAUCCGGCCAUCACUGCCGCGAAGCAGAACACGAGACUCAAGGAAACCCCUCCUCCACCGCAGCCCAACUGUGGCUGUUAAUGUCCCCACACACACAGGCAGCUCCGGGGGUUGGUUGCUAACUGCAUCUAUAAAUGGUCGAUUAGCCUUCAUUUAUACUGCCUAAUAAUUAUUUGAGGGAAAUCUUUGAUGUCAAUGGCUCGUACAUGCAUUCAAUUCUUGGGAGAUUUCCCAUGUUAAUAUGUGGCAAAUAUGUGAUCUUAAAUUUGUAAGGCCUAUCCAUCUAUAAACAUCUGGUAUUUGCAUGUGAUUUGUUGUUUGUCUUCUAGGCUCUUUUUGUUUCAGAUUUCUUCUCAGAUUAAGCUACUGCUGGGACCUCAGACUAUAAUUUCACUACAACUGACUUUUGUGCCACGGGUUCAAAUUAUGCUAUUCACUUGUAGGGAUAAUAAUCAAGGAAUUGCUUGUGUGUGGGGGGGGGGCAGGGAGAGAUCUCAGGAGACCUUAUUUGCUUUACUUUUAGUUGAAAAUCAAGUGGAAAUAUUACCCUUGAUUAGGGAGACUGUCAUGAGUCUGGUCAGUUGACUGUUCAGGAAAUAUGUCUAUUUUUCAUUGUUAUUUAUAACUGAGGAGACCAUUGACUAUAAAGAAAUCAAAAUAUUGUGUUUAAGGCCCUUGCAAGUUUCGUCAGAGAGUAAAUCUAUUUCUAGUCAGGUAAAUAAUAAACAAUAAUUUUAAUUUAGAUGUUUAAAUAAGGAAUACCCUAACUCAGGACUGUUCUUCCCACUUCUUCUACCCAACCUUCUGAAUAUUUGAGGGCACUGACAGA